CUUUCAGAGGAAUCGUUAGUUCACAUACACUGUUAAUCCCAAAAGUUUUUUGUAGAUUACAUAUGUGGAAAUCGGGUCCUUUAUCCCAUGCUGCUUAGUGGGAUCAAAGCAUUAUGCAAAAUUCUGUUUCAAUUGUCAAUGAUGCUUUGUACGAUUGGAAUAAUUAUUGAGACACCAGUGUUUUUAUUUAAAUAGAAAAAAAUACGUGUUUUGAAAAUCAUGAGCCCUUCUUACAAAACUAACGCUAAUAUCGGAUUAUCUGGUAGACGACUUCCAGAAGCCGUUCUAGUGCGAACUUUAGAAAUAUCAUCAAAUUUGAUUGACGACUUUUGGUUAAAUAAAAACUUGUCAUGCACUUCGCCAAUUAAUUAUGAAUUAAACCACGAUAUAAGACAUUCAAUAAUAUAUCAUAAAUUAUAUAUGGCUCGAAAUUCCAUUGUAUCCCGUGAUUGCAAAAGUUUGGCCAAGGUGCUAACAUCAUACAUAUUUGGAGAUAGUUUAGUUCGAAAAGGUGCUUUUAUUCUCUUUACCAAGUAUGCUGCGACUAUGCUAAAAAUAAUUGAUCGAAGACUAUUGAAUACUCUAGGUCUCAUAACUCCUGCACCAACAGGUCAUUCUGCACUUUUUAAAAUGGGAAUAAAAAGGACAAGCACAUUGACGCAAAGGCCUUGGAAAAAAAAAAAAAACAAUAUUCUUACCUAGCUAAAACUUAAAACAACGCAAUUUUUGUAAUUUCUUAUUAUUUUUUGACAAAGUACAUUUUUGAUGUUGAUAAAUUCUUAAAAA